AAAGGGGCCAGGGUCAAGCGCAUGCGCCGGUGGUGCGGCUGUCCUGAGGUAAGCGCGGGCGAGGAGGCGCCAGCGCCAGCCGAGCUCCUGACUGGGCCAGACCCGACGGGACCGCCGUAGGCUGGCCUGCGCUCUGAUGGCGGCUGCCAAGGAAACUCAGGAGGAGCACGACACCUCCCCGGAGAAUGUGGAUGACGCGAACUCUAAACCGCGGUUUGAAUCCAUAAACUGUCUUCCUGAGCAAUCCAUUAAGACCCUAGAAGAAGAUGAAGAAGAGCUCUUUAAGAUGCGAGCCAAGCUGUUCCGAUUUGCAUGCGAGAACGGCCUCCGGGAAUGGAAAGAGCGAGGGACCGGGGAUGUGAAGCUGCUGAAGCACAAGGAGAAAGGGACUAUACGCCUUCUCAUGAGAAGGGACAAAACUCUGAAGAUCUGCGCAAAUCAUUAUAUAACGCCGUUCAUGGAGCUGAAGCCCAGUGCAGGCAGUGACAGGGCCUGGGUCUGGAACACACUCGGUGACUUUGCGGAUGAAAGUCUCAAGCCUGAAGUGCUGGCUAUUCGAUUCCUAAAUGCAGAAAACGCCCAGAAGUUUAAGGCAGCAUUUGAAGAUUGCAGGAAGGAGGUGGAAGAAAGAGGAAAGAAAGCAGGAGAAGGCAAAGAGAGCAGCGCUGAAAAGGUGGUGGAGAAGUUCUCGGAGAUGUCAGUGAAGGAAAAGAAAGAAGGCCGCCGCCAAGAGCUUGAGAGCCCCAAGGCGUCAAAGAAGAAAACCUAGGACCUGGGCUUGUUACUGCAAUAAAUCAUCUCCUGGGCUUUGCCUUCUUUCCUUUAUUUUCUUUAUUUUCGUUUCAUUUUUUUUUUUUUUUUUUGGUUUGUUUUUAAUAAGGGACCAUAUAUAAAGAACUGAAUUCUGCUCUCUAGGUUGUUUUCUCAGCUUUUACCCUUUGAAGAUGUCUUCAGCAAACAUUCCCAGACUACCUGUACUGUGCUCAUGACAUUCUUUUCCAUUGUGGAAACGCUUAUUUAUAAUAUAGCCAAAAGAGUGGAUAAAACAUUUGAAAGCUGGAAAAAAAAAAAAAAAAA